AUGGCUAAUAAGCUGCUAGCUGCGCGCGGCGCUGGCCAGUUUGAGCUUGUAGCUCAGACAAAGGCCAAGUAUGGCAUCUGUGACGAGGACGUCUAUAACUUCGACGAAGCUAGCUUCUUAAUAGGCAAGAUCACCACUCAGCUUGCCGUCACAGCAUCAGAGAGAAGAGGCCGACCAAAGGCUGUCCAGCCAGGUGGCCGAGAGUGGGUGACGUUUAUCGCUAGGAUUAACGCAGCUGGCUGGUCUAUCCCACCAUUUCUAAUCUUUACUGGCAAGUAUCACCUCUCUACCUAG